GGAUCAUAAUUUGCAUCACGUGACUAAACACGGAAGUAGUGUGCAGUGCAUGCAUUUCCAGCUCAGGUUAGUUUAAUUUUAGAGGAUGCUUAAAAUGUGUUAAUCCUUUUGUCUAACGCGUUAUCAUUAAAUAAUCAACGUGCUGAAACGAUGACCCAAGCUGAGAGAGAACAAGAAAACGGAAAGGAGAGAGAGAAGGAACGCGAGAAGGAGAAAGACAAGGACCAGCAGCGUGGGGUCAAGAGACCUAUCGUCCCAGCAUCUAUCCCAGAAUCCCUUCAAGAACAAAUACAGACCAACUUUGUAGUCGUGAUUCACCCUGGUUCAAGGACGCUACGAAUCGGGAGAGCGACAGACACUCUACCAGCGUCGGUACCCCACGUAAUCGCUCGCAAACACAAGCAAAGCGGACAGCCGAAACACGAAGACCCCUGGCUUCUGAGGGAUGGCCUGAAUAAACCAGAGAGUAACGAGCAGCGACAGAAUGGCCUCAAAAUGGUGGAACAGGCCAUUUGGUCUAAGAAGAUGUCUACUGGACUGCGAAGGACGCCUGUGUCAGCUGAACAGGCCAGGUCAUAUAACCGGCAGGUCCGUCCAGCGGUUCUGGACAGCAGCUCCAGGUUGAAGUGGACCAACACGGGCCAGCAGCCUCAGUACCUGGUUGGGGACGAGGCCGUGUAUGUGAGUCCGUCGGACGGCUACGACGUGCACUGGCCGCUGGUCAGGGGUCACCUCAACGUGCACCCAGGCCCCGGGGGCUCGCUCACAGCUGUCCUGGCCGACCUGGAGGCCAUCUGGGGUCACGUGAUCAACAAGCAGCUGGAGAUCCCGCUGAAAGACCUCAAGUAUUACAGAUGUAUCCUGUUGGUCCCUGAUAUAUACAAUAGACAGCACAUAAAGGAGAUGGUCAACAUGCUGCUGCUGAACAUGGGCUUCUCAGCCAUCAUCGUGCACCAGGAGUCCGUGUGCGCUACGUUUGGUAGCGGCCUGAGCAGUGCCUGUGUGGUGGACGUGGGCGACCAGAAGACUAGUCUCUGCUGCGUGGAGGACGGGGUGUCCCACCGCAACUCCAGGUUAUGUUUGUCUUAUGGUGGUGCAGAUGUCACCCGCACUUUCUUCUGGCUCCUGCAGAGGGCGGGCUUUCCCUACAGAGAGUGUCAGCUCUCCAACAGGCUGGACUGUCAGCUACUUCAGCAACUCAAAGAGUUGUUCUGCCAUCUCAAUCAGGACAUUUCGGGACUACAAGAUCAUGAGUUUCGUAUGCGUUUCCCAGAAGCCCCAGCUCUUCUUUACCAUAUUCGACUUGGUGAUGAGAAGCUACAGGCACCAAUGGGUUUGUUCUAUCCAACCACAUUCGGCAUUGUGGGCCAGAAGAUGACGUCAUUGCCGUACCGUUCCCAAGGCGACCCCGAGGACCCUCACGAUGAGCACUAUCUGCUCGGUACUCAGAGCAAACAGGACCAGUCCUCCAAAUGCUCCGCGGACCGCAAGCCCCUCUCCAGGCCCGCGGGGGCGGUGGACAGUGAGCUGACGGGCCCAGGCGGCAGCGCGGAGCCCUCCGACCCGCACAGGCUCAGCGGCGGCGGCGGCGGCGGCGCUGGAUGCAGCCAGGGGGAGAUGGAGCUGGGGCCGGCCCAGGCAGAGUGCCUGAUGGGCCCAGGAGAGGCGGAGGAGCAGCAGCCCUCCGCACUGCUGUCCAGGAAGUCGGCCAUCAUGGGCCAGUUUGAGAGCAAGGCCCUGGGCUUGGACAAGGCCAUCCUGCAUAGCAUUGACUGCUGCGCGUCGGACGAGACCAAGCGCAAAAUGUACAGCUCCAUCCUGGUGGUGGGGGGAGGACUGAUGUUCCACGGUGCUCAGGAGUUCCUGCUCCAUCGCAUCAUUAACAAGAUGCCACCGUCCUUCCGAAGGCUGGUGGACAAUGUUGAGGUCAUCACACGCCCCAAGGACAUGGACCCCUGGCUGAUCUCUUGGAAGGGAGGGGCGGUGCUGGCCUGCUUGGACACCUCCCAGGAGAUGUGGAUCCACCAGCGGGAGUGGCAGCGCUUCGGUGUCCGCAUGCUCCGCGAGAGAGCCGCCUUCGUGUGGUGAACCCGGCUGAGUGACGAUGGUCAUUUCGAUGGAUGUUUACCAUUUUGUUGUCUCUUUAUUUAGAUCAUAUGAAUACAAUCGGUUUUUUUUGUUUUACAUUAAGAACAGAUCCCCAGGAAAAAACAAAUUGGUUUUGAAAGAACAUGGUCAAAUUGUUGACGUUUCUCUACUCUGUAAAUAGCGUUUUCUGUCAUUGUCGAACAAUUUGUUGAGUCUUCAUUUUAUUACAUGACCGGAUCUUCGCAAAGAAACAUUUUGACAUUGUAAAUCUUUAUUUAAAUCUGAGGGAUAUAAAGCACCUAAUAACUUAAUCUUCAAGGUUUGAAAUGAACACAUGGGUCAGUAAGUUGUGAGAAGCAGAAAGAAUGAAGGGGAGCGGAGAGAGCGGAGCUGAAGUCGGUUGCCACAUCAGCCAGCCUGGCCCCUACAAUGUAGGAAUUCCCAGGAUGGCAUCAAAAAUCUGCCAACGGCAGAGGCAACCAAGGACCAUGGGUGCAGACAUGUAAACAUGCCAUGCGCCCAUCGCCUACACUGGAUGUGUAGGCGUUUACCUACAAGGAGAAAUGAAACAUGUCAGUGCAGACCAUCUAUUAUUAUAAGAAAAACCAUAAGCCCUUGAGGAUAUAAAAAAAAAAUAUAUGCAUACGUCUUGGUAUUUUAUAAUGGCUGUGUGGAUUAUCUGAUUUAUUUAGAUCACAUUAAAGCACAUCCUUCAUUUAUGUUCAUUGUGCUUCUAGAAAAGUUGAAACAACAAUAUGGCCACAAAAUGCCCCCUUUGGAAUUACAUGAAAAUAUUAGUUCUCACCUUCCUCAUCCUCCUCCUCCCAUUGGUGGGGCACUUGGCCCCGCCCCAUGGUUUAUCCUGCCCAUGCGCCGCCUUCCACCAGGGGGGCCUGGAGGACUGAGAGCGAGGAAGAGAGAACAGUAGAAGAAGUCAGUUCAUUGGUUAGUGAGGUUCAAAGAUGCGACGAGUUCAGACUUAUGGUUUGAAAAUGUUCUUCUGUGAUCCAGAUGCCUCGGACACCAGCCUUUCGAGUUGCACUUGUGACGUAAUAUCCGGUCUCGGAGCACCUAUAGCGUUCCCGUUCGUCUUUGAUUGUUUCAUGAAAUUGGCUAGUCUUUGUUUAUUGUUAGCUACAUUAGCCUCUUAAGCAAACCAGCUUGAAAACAAACACUUUACAUUGUAUUGUAUUGCAAGCCCAUGCAAUGCAUAAAUUGGUGUAAUAAAGUGUGUUAGAGCAUUUAAAAUCAACGUUAUAAUGACCAACGUGGUACAAAUACAAAGAAAAUAAAUCUCUUUACGGGCGCAGCCAUUUUUGUUGAGAGCGUCAUCACUGAACUCGGUAUACUCAGAAUUCCGAGGGGGCUCGGCCAAAAGGGGGCGUGCCUCCGUGAAAUGCCGCAAAAAAGCUGGGCAAUUUCCCCACUUCCAACUCGGUAGGCUGGUGUCCGUGGCAUCUGGAUCACACCAUUAGUGGAGAAACAUUUGAACCCAGUACUUACUCUCUGCCAUCCGAGAACCGUGAUGAUCCAGCGACAAUUCUAUCCUUUGUAAGAUCCGACUGAACUAUUGUCGUGAAGCUGAACACAAGGGUGAUUUGAUCAGACGUACAGAUACAACUUUAAAUGUGGGUGUGUAUACUAUUGAAGACAUUUCCUUUGAGUAAAUCAAACAAUCAACUUAAAAUAUUUUGGCUGCCGUUUUCAUUAAAACAAGGAUAAAGUAGCUAUUGGUUAUGAAUUAAACAGAAUAUUUCCAGAAUAUACAUCAAAUAAAAAAUUGCCAUAGAAUAUCUUCACGGGUAGAGAGUGCUAUGCGGUGAGUUCCCUGUUAGGUUAUUGAGGUUACUGUUAGAUAUUGAUAGACUGAUUUGGUGGUGGGUUACUCACAACAAGCCGACGAACUCGACUAUUCCCCAAAACAUUUUUGCCAGGUUGGGGAAACUCCAUCGUGACCGUGACGACCCCAAGGUCUGACCUGAGGGACACAAACCAGAAUCACUAAGUUAUUCUGUACAGUAUAAUGCUGUAGGAACACGUUAAAAGGACAGUACGUUUAAAACAAUACUUUGCCGAUGACGGCACUCAUACAUGUAACAUCCCCAUGGGAUCUUUAACUACUAAUUGCUAUCCAUUUGUAUGGUACGCCGGUACGUCCGACCUGCACUUGUGAGAAUGUGACGUAAUUUCCUGGCUUGCAGCGCUAUAGCAUCGCCGUUUCUCAUUGGCUAGUCAUUGUUAGCUACAUUAGCCUCUUUAGCAAACCAGCUCGAUAACAAACAAUGCAACUUUAUAUUUUAUUGCACGCACCGCAAGACCGAAUAAAGUAGCAAUGUAAUUAAAUGUGUAAGAACAUUUAAAAUGAACAACGUGGUACAAAUACAAAAAUCUCGGCCUUUACUUUCAGAAUAGCGAGCAGGACAGAAAAAAA